CAUGAAACAUACAUCAGUACCAAAACAAAGACAAGAAGAUGGCAUUGUCCAUUCCCACAACCAGCAUGGCCACCACUACCACCACCACCACCGCUGUCAUCUCAUCCAUCCUUCUCCUCCUACUCUUUCUUCCCACCUCUUACUGUUCAGAAAACUACAACUCAGCCAUCCCAGUCUCUGAUAUAGAUCUCUUAGAGUUCCCUUUAAAUUUAGAGUAUUUGGAAGCAGAGUUCUUCUUAUGGGGAUCUUUGGGUUAUGGGUUGGAUAGCAUAGCUCCCAAUCUCACCAUGGGCGGUCCACCACCGGUUGGCACCACCAAGGCCAGACUUGACCCUUUCACGAAGGACGUUAUCCUCCAAUUCGCCUUCCAGGAAGUCGGUCACUUGAGGGCCAUCAAGAACACAGUAAGAGGAUUUCCAAGGCCACUGCUGAAUCUGAGUGCAGAAGCAUUUGGGAAUGUGAUGAAUAGUGCAUUUGGAAGGGCAUUGAAGCCAGCUUUCGAUCCAUAUGCUAAUGAACUAAACUUUCUUCUUGCAUCCUAUGUUAUUCCCUAUGUUGGACUCACUGGAUAUGUUGGUGCAAAUCCAAAACUCCUAAGCCCCAUUUCCAAAAGGUUGUGA